CGACCAUCCUUACGUCAUUAUUGUGCGUCUUUACACGAGAAACAAACAACCGUUUUGUCCACAUAUUAGCAGAUGUUAAGUUAACGUGAAACAUGGCACAUUUAAAACAAAACGCAAAAACUAAAGGUCCGAUUAAAGGAAAAUACUUCAAUAACAAAUUUGCACAUGGUGGUUUAACACACAACGCUAAAACGAAAAGAAAAUGGGUUCCAGAGAACAAAGUUUUUGACGGUAGUUUAAAAGAGGGUCAGGGAUUUGCCUUCAAAAGGAAGGAGAAAAUAAAACAUGAAUAUAACAAACUUCUCAGAAAGGAAAGGAAGAAAAUGCAACCAUCACCAAUCCAGUUAGAGGAGGAAUAUGCCGAGCAUCUGAGGCAUCUAUACCUGGCUGAAAAAGAACGACUAGAUGAAGAAGAACAAGAAAAAAAGAAGAAAAGAUGUAAAGGGAAAGCAGUAGAUGAAGAACAGGAGGCAGACGAUGAACUAAAAAUGGUGUUGGAUUCACCUUUCACUGAGAAACACAUCUCAAACACAACGAUUUACCAAACUACCGUCCCUGAUUCAGCUAAUGAACCAGCAGAGUCUGACAGCUCCCAUAAGACUUCAUUCAUCCAAAGGAAGCAGAAAAUGUCGUCGUAUCAGAAAACAAGGCAAGAAUAUGAAAGGAUAAAUGAGGAACGUGCAAGAAAACGAGAGGAAUUUUUGAAAGACAAAGCUCAGCGAGAGGAGGCUCUGAAAAAAUAUGAGAAGAAAAUGGCCACAUAUCAGUUGUUGAAAAGAAAAACCAAGAAAGGUCAGCCCAACCUCAAUCUGCAUAUGGAGCUUUUGCUGCAAAAGAUUCAAGCUCAGCGCAAAUAAUUCAGUAUCAACCAUAAAAUGAGACUGUUUAAAGUUGUUUAAAGCAUUUUAAAGUUAAAAUAGACCAUCACACAAUAAACUCUGCAGUUUAGGUGAGUUUUUUUUUUUUUUACCACAAGGAUGUG